AUUUAUUAAGGAGUAGCUAAAAAAAAAGGUUAGAAGUUGCAAUAAAUACAAUCAAACAUAAAUAUAAAUACAAACAGUGCUUUAUAUAUAAAAACCCCAUAUUUUACAUUUAACCCCCCAAAAAACCUCAACCUCACUAAAAAAAAAAAUUCAUCGAAAUUCUAAAAAAAAAAAAAAAUAAAAAAAAAUGGCACCCAUUGCAGUUGGCGACAGUAUUCCCGACGGAAAGCUGUUUUUCCUCGACGAAACCAAUCAAAGGCAAGAAGUUUUCGUCCACUCUCUCGCCGCCGGUAAAACCGUCGUUAUUUUCGCUGUUCCCGGCGCUUUUACUCCUACUUGCAGUCAGAAGCAUGUACCUGGAUUCAUUGAGAAGGCUGAGGAAUUGAAGUCUAAGGGAGUCUCUGAAAUCAUCUGUAUCAGUGUGAAUGAUCACUUUGUGAUGAAAGAAUGGUCCAAGCAAUACCCGGACAACAAGCAUGUGAAGUUUCUUGCUGAUGGUGGUGCAACUUACACUCGUGCCCUUGGCCUUGACCUCGACCUUUCAGCACAUGGACUCGGGAUCCGUUCUCAGAGGUAUGCUCUCGUUGUUGAUGAUCUGAAGGUGAAGGUUGCAAAUAUUGAAUCGGGUGGGCAAUUCUCUGUCUCAAGUGCUGAGGAAAUUCUCAAAGCCUUGUGAAUUUGCAAAUUGUAGUACUGCUGUGAAGAAGCUCAACUGAUGUUUGUUGCUUCUAAGUUCUACCCGUUGUACUGUACUAUGUAGUGCUUUUAGCAUAAUAAUGUUGUGUAUCUUUAUGACCCUCAUAUGUGAUCAUUUUGGUCGAUUUGGAUUCAAUGGAACCGAAUCAAUUGUGGGGGAAAUGGCUCGUAUGUACACUACUAGAAACCCGUUUUAUUAUUACUGGUUAACUUAAAUCAUUUCUUCUUUGCUCUCUUUCA